GCACGUUCGAGUGUCACGGUUCCUUGUUAUAGCAAUGGCCACAUAACUCUGGAUAUAUAUACACCAACAAGGCCGGCUUCUCCCACAGAUGCACGGUCAACAGCGGCCAUCUUGUACCUACCUCGGGUGCCGGCACUGCUCGGUAACGAGCGUGACGAUGCCAACAUCAAAGCGUUCCUGGAGCAGCAAUCGCACCCAGUCGUAAGCAUCAAGUAUCGCCUGUCGCGUGAACAUCCGUAUCCGAUGCCUAUCCAUGAUGUUGUCACCGGUUUCGACUGGGUCAAGGAGAACCUGCUUCCAAAGCGUGCAAUUUCGCGUGCUGGCCGUGCCGACCAUAUAGGGAAAGUUGCAGUGUGUGGAGAGCUUGUUGGCGGCGGGCUGGCGGCCAUGCUUGCUUUGACCGAGUGUCGAGUUGGGCAGCCCGGCGUCGUUGCUGCUGCGCUAAAGGACCCUCUCGUUGAUUGGGUAGAUGUGCUAGAUGGACCCAGAGAGAUUGUGGGUGGGAUCGUCUCUGAUGGAAACGGGCUACACUCCCUCCGCAGCCAAGCUUUUAGGAAGCCAGAGCACUACUUCGACCCGUUCGCUUCGCCGAUGCUAUUCCUCCGAUCCGCUGGUCUGGAAAUACCAUUGGCGCCUGCUGAGAUUCCGUCUGACGACUUGGAAUUGCUCAGCUAUCUCGAACGGCAGGAGUUCGAACGUAGCCAGCAGGAUCUACAUACUGGAACUUUACAGGAUGCGCAAAGUCUCAAGAGCAGGAGAACGAUGAAAACGGCGAAACGCUACCCAAGUGCAUCCCUAGGACUCAAAUUGCCCGACGUUCGUGUCUGGACCAGUAAUCAUUCACUGCUGAGAGGACAAGCUGAAGAGUUUGUUCGCCGACUUCGACAAAGCCACCUUCGUCAAGCUAGUGCAGGAGAC